ACUUUUCCUUAUCUUCUUCAUCAAAAGGCACUUUAAAAACCAAGAAUUCAUAACAAAAAGCCAUUGCUGCACCAACUCAAGAAGAUUCAAAACAGAGAGACACAAAGUUGGUAAAAUGGCUGCUGUAAAUGGUGUUGGAAUUUCAUGGCCAUCUAAAUUGACUCAAAGUCAAAGACCCAAAUUGGUUUUCUCUCCAUCUCCCCGUCGAUGCACCCCAUCUUCUUCAACAAUUAAAAUGACUGCAUCAGUUGAUGAAAAGAAGAAAACUUUCACUCUUCAAAAGUCUGAAGAAGCUUUCAGCAAAGCCAAGGAGUUGAUGCCAGGAGGUGUAAAUUCCCCUGUUCGCGCUUUCAAGUCAGUUGGCGGACAACCUAUCAUUAUUGACUCCGUGAAGGGCUCUCGUAUGCGGGACAUAGAUGGUAACGACUACAUUGACUAUGUCGGAUCAUGGGGUCCAGCUAUAAUCGGUCAUGCAGAUGAUGAGGUGUUAGCAGCAUUGGCUGAAACAAUGAAGAAAGGAACGAGUUUUGGUGCUCCAUGUCUCCUUGAAAACACUCUGGCCGAGAUGGUUAUUUCAGCUGUUCCAAGCAUAGAAAUGGUUCGGUUCGUCAACUCUGGUACAGAGGCAUGCAUGGGAGUACUACGGCUGGCUCGUGCUUUCACUGGCCGGCCUAAGAUCAUCAAAUUCGAGGGUUGUUACCAUGGUCAUGCUGAUCCAUUUCUUGUUAAAGCGGGCAGUGGUGUUGCCACCCUAGGACUCCCCGACUCCCCUGGAGUUCCAAAAGCAGCUACUUCUGAUACACUGACAGCACCUUACAACGAUAUUUCUGCUGUUGAGAGCCUCUUUGAGGAGCACAAAGGCGAAGUCGCUGCUAUAAUUCUUGAGCCUGUAGUUGGAAAUGCUGGCUUCAUUCAACCUAAUCUAGAUUUUCUUGCUGCCAUUCGCAAGAUCACCAAAGAAAAUGACGCACUUCUUAUUUUUGACGAAGUCAUGACUGGAUUUAGGUUGGCAUACGGCGGAGCUCAGGAGUAUUUUGGAAUAACUCCAGAUUUGACGACACUUGGGAAGAUUAUCGGCGGUGGCUUGCCAGUAGGUGCAUACGGAGGAAGGCGGGAUAUUAUGGAGAUGGUAGCACCUGCAGGACCGAUGUAUCAAGCCGGGACCCUAAGUGGAAAUCCAUUGGCCAUGACUGCUGGAAUUCACACGCUUAAGCGAUUACAGGGACCGGGUACAUACGAAUACUUGGACAAGAUCACCGGUGAACUUACACAGGGAAUCUUGGAUGCUGGAAAGAAGACCGGUCAUGCAAUGUGUGGCGGGUACAUAAGGGGGAUGUUUGGCUUCUUUUUCGCGGAGGGUCCUGUCAAUAACUUUUCGGAUGCAAAGAAGAGUGAUACAGAAAAAUUUGGCAGAUUCUAUAGGGGAAUGCUGGAGGAAGGUGUAUAUUUUGCACCAUCACAGUUUGAGGCUGGAUUUACUAGCUUAGCACACACUUCAGAGGAUAUUCAAAAGACAGUAGCUGCAGCUGAAAAAGUUCUAAAGCAAAUUUAACUACUAGGCUUCGUUCAUUUGUAUCCUAGAUCGAAAUGUUUUUCCUUUUCGGCGAGAAAAACAAAUGGUGAUUCGCAUUGAGAGGUUUUGUAACAUAUCUUUUAUUCAGAAACAUGCUGUACCAUUUGUACUCCUUUUCGGUUGUUAUUCUUACUCAUUUUGGAGUAUA